UUGGAUUGUGUGAAUGCUUCAUUCGCCUCACAAACAACCACAGAACCACAAGUGCGGUGCGAACUUUCUCCAGGAGGACAGCAGCGAAGUCUCUGGUUUUUAAAUGGUUAAUCUCCGCAGGUCACUACCAGCCACUGAGACCAACAGAGUCAUUUGAGGAUCCAAGAAGUAUUUACACCAGGAGGUGAAAGCUCUGCGUGAACCGAGAGGGACUAUGGCAUCAAACAGCCUGUUCAGCUCAGUGACACCAUGUCAGCAAAACUUCUUUUGGGAUCCCAGCACCAGCCGGAGGUUCAGCCCCCCCUCCAGCAGCCUGCAGCCCGGCAAGAUGAGCGAAGUCAGCCCGGUCGUAGUAGCUCAACAGCAGCAGCAGCAGCAACAGCAGCAAGAAGCGGCGGCCGCCGUGCCCAGGCUGCGCCCCCACGAUAACCGCACCAUGGUGGAGAUCAUCGCUGACCACCCCGCCGAGCUGGUCCGCACCGACAGCCCCAACUUCCUCUGCUCCGUCCUGCCCUCGCACUGGCGCUGCAACAAGACCCUCCCGGUGGCAUUCAAGGUGGUGGCCUUAGGAGAAGUGCCCGAUGGGACGGUGGUCACCGUCAUGGCUGGGAAUGACGAGAACUACUCUGCGGAGCUGCGAAAUGCUUCUGCCGUGAUGAAGAACCAGGUUGCCAGAUUUAAUGACUUGCGAUUUGUGGGCAGAAGUGGACGAGGGAAGAGCUUUACUUUGACAAUAACUGUCCUGACAAAUCCCCCCCAAGUCGCUACAUACCACAGAGCUAUAAAGGUUACAGUGGAUGGGCCAAGGGAGCCAAGAAACCCCAGGCAGGCGCAGUCAUCCCCGCCGUGGUCCUAUGACCAGUCUUAUCCAUCCUACUUGAGCCAGAUGACUUCACCAUCCAUCCACUCCACGACUCCCCUGUCCUCCACUCGAGGGACGGGACUUCCAGCCAUCACCGAUGUGCCCAGACGCCUCUCAGGUGCUUCAGAGCUGGGCCCAUUUUCAGAUCCCAGGCAGUUCACAAGCAUUUCAUCCCUCACUGAGAGCCGCUUCUCCAACCCACGAAUGCACUAUCCAGCCACCUUUACCUAUACACCGCCAGUCACCUCAGGCAUGUCACUGGGUAUGUCCGCAACCACUCACUACCACACCUACCUACCACCACCCUACCCCGGCUCCUCCCAAAACCAAAGUGGACCUUUCCAGACCAGCAGCACUCCAUAUCUCUACUAUGGCACUUCGUCGGGAUCGUACCAGUUCCCCAUGGUGCCGGGGGGAGACCGUUCCCCUUCCAGGAUGCUUCCUCCGUGCACCACCGCGGCCAACGGCAGCGCGCUCUUAAACCCAAACUUGCCCGCCCAGAGUGACGGGGUGGAGGCGGAUGGCAGCCACAGCAGCUCCCCAACCGUCUUGAAUUCUAGUGGCAGAAUGGAUGAGUCCGUUUGGAGGCCGUACUGAGAUUUCUUCUGUAGCCGGGCCCGACCUCUGCGAGCCAAAACAAACAAACAAAAAUAAAAUAAAACCAAACCUAAAAAAACCAAACAAACAGUCGACUAACUACGAAGUGCCUGUUUUUUCUGGUUGUUCUUUUUUUUUAAAAAUCUUACUGAUAUGUGCAACUGUGUAGAUGGGAUGAUAAUGGCCAUAAAUAACACAAGAGUUACCAACAUACAUAACUCAUGUUUCAGAUUAUGUGGAUCAAAGCACAUUUUUUUUUUUCCCCCUUGGAACCAUUUUACCUUGUUUUGUAUUUAAAAUGUACUUUUUAAAAUCAUCCCCCUUUUUUUAAAAAAAUUAUUUCUUGGGGUUUUGUUUUGCUUUAUUUUGAUCUAGAGAGUUGUAAUAACUGGUAAAUACUUUUACCAAUGAGGAGAUAAUGGACUCCCCAGCUAUCAGGAGAAACAUUGUGAUGCAAGGCAAAGGCUGCAUUCCCUUUUAUUUUUUAAUUAACAAACCGCUAACCAUGAACUCCAGAUACAGUUGCAAUCAUACAAUGUAUGGGACCCUCUUCACACCCGUAGUGCAAUUCAGCUGGCUUGUACUGGUGCACAUAAAAAGGAAAGCAAAGAUUGAGUUGCUUCCAUUUUGCCAUAACACAUCCAAAUGAAAAUACCUGUCCCAAAAAAACCCCCUCUGUCCCAGCCUUGCUGCAGAUAACAGCUGGAACUUCUCUGUGUUCAUUACUAUUUUUGGUUUGGUUUGGGGUACUUAAAGAGAACAAGUGUUCAAGUUAGGCUAGACAACCCUGGGGUUUCCUUUUUGCUUUUGUAUCUGUUCAUUUUGCCUUCGAUUAACCAAAAAACCAAAAAUAACCACCAAAACCUUUAAAAACAAAAAGUAAAAUGUUAUUACUUAUGCAAAAUAUGAAAAUGGCAAUAUAUAUUACUAGAGCCAAAAUGGUAUACAUAGUAUUUGUGUUCGGCUAUGUUCUUUUUAUUUUGUUUUUUAAAUUAUAAAUGUGUAAAAUUUGAGGAUCUUUGCUAACGUGAAUCAUCAUAUAACUUUAAAAGAAUAUUUAUAAUUAUUUAAUGACAUUUGGACCCUUUAAACGUUUCUUAAUGUAAUGAUAUAUUGACUUCGGUCUCUAAAAGUGGUUUUUGUUUUUGUUUUUACUUAUUACAUUUCUGCAGUGGUGUAAACCUCAAGCCUUUACUCAACUCUGAAAGCAGUUCCAGUGUGAACCAGUUUACAAUGUGACUUAAAAAUGACAAACCCAACCCAAAUGCAUCCACAUCAAAUGAUUUUGGAUGUAGGAGCUUUUUAUAUAACUUAUGAAGGAAAUAUUGUGUUUAAAAUAUUUUUAUUAGCUGUCUGAUUGCCUUCAACACAGUCUUGCCUUUUAAUCAGUAGUUGUGGAGACACUGGAAAAAUGGUAGGAAGGACAAAAUAUUUCCCAUCCUUCCCCUAAUUUCUUCUUCUCCCAGGAUUUUGCUCAGAACUUCAAAACGUGAAAAUAUUCACAUUUAAAAUGUUCUGUUUCGACAGCAUUAUUUGAAUUUUGACAGUAUGUAUUUUUUCUUUUCUGCCUGAAAUUAAAAGCAAAACCGUUUCAAAGCCCGUAUUGUACAAAUAAUGAAUCCUUAAAGAUCUCAGAAAUGGGAUUAGGGGAAACUUGAAACUUUUUUCCCCGUCCUUGCAAUUCCAGCCCACUCGAUGGAAUCAAAAGGUUCAAAAUUUGAGACAGAAACUGCCUGGUAGCGACUCCUCAGUGCCCGUUAGCAUUAAAUGCGAGAGCCGUAAGGAUGCCGUGUUGACUUGGAAGCCGGUGUGGCUGUUGCCAUGUUAGAGGGACGAGCCGAAGGGCAGCGAUACCCACCUCUGCAAAUGCGGAAGGUAAAAAAUUCACCUUAAAAACCACCCUGGGCUCUCCCAGAGAGAGCAAAUUGCACACAAAAUCCUUUAUCAACCUGCCUGCUGCCAAAUUUGGGGUAAAUUUUGCCCAACCCUGGGCUGCUAUGGCGAAUGGGGAGGAGAUGCAGCAUUGGCUGGAUGCUGAACUGCCCUCCCCACUCCAUUCCCAAGAGGGAUGUUAAGCCUGGCUUAACGGGGUGUUUGGCAUGUGCUGAUGGGAUUUGCUGACCCUUCCCAGCCUCCUUGGGGGACUGCUGGCGCCUCCUGGGGUGUAUUUUGGCUCCCUCCAAAGUAUGGCAAUAAAUCAACAGUGGGCACAGCCACACAGAGCCGGACAACACCAUCGCUGCUCAUUAACAGCGAAGCUGUUAAACGAGUUGACGUUAGCAUUGUACAUCCCUCCCAUUUGCAUGAUGACGUGCUCUUAAAAGAAUAAUAAAAAAUAAAGUCUUUGCCUUCUAAAGGUUGUAUACCAAGUAUGCUUAAAGUAUAAGUAAGACACUUUUUUUUUCCUAAUACUUAGUUUUCCUUCAAAGAUGGAAGCUGUAAUUGAUUCUAUUUAUUGUUGGUUUGUGGUAGCUUGAAGCAUACCACUGUCCAUUUAUUUGUAACUGUAAAAUAAGUUUGUUAGUCUCAGCAGCACUUAAAAAGCCAGUGUCUGGUUACACAUUUCAGUUUUGUUUUUUGUUUAGUAAGCAAGAGAAAAAGAUGUACUGCCAGUGCAAGCUGUUUCCUAUUUAAUAAAAGGUACUAUAUUUGUACAUUAUUUGUUAUUGCUGAGAAGGGCUUUUUAAGGUUUACUGUAUGCAUAUUAAGUAAUUUUUAGGGUGCUUUUGUGUUGAAAUGUUGUUAAGAGUGGCUGCAGGCAGCAACCCAGAUUUUUUUUUUUUUAAGACUUUGUUGUAAAAUUCAAGCACUUGGUUUUUUGUUUCUGGAUAAAUCCAGCACAGACCAGACUUUCGUUUUGCUCAGUACCGACAGGACUCUUGUUUGUGUCCCCGUGGGUUUUUCAAGUGGACCGUUAGGGACAGACGUUGGGAAUGUUUUCUGCUCCCCGUUGAGGUGUGUGUGACCGAUCCGUGUCCCUGGUGUCCCUGGCCGGGUGGGCAGAUGUCUGGUUCUGCCUCCUUGAGAUAGGAUGGAAAGGAUUUUCUAAGAACUUAUGGACAGAGGAGCACCAAGCCCUUGACUUUCAGUAGAUCCCCGUGCUCCUGAACCCUCGAGGUGCCUUUGGAAAGUCUCCCCCGGUACGUCAGGCUGGUCACCGAGGGAGUUGUACAAGCAGAGGCAGAAUUGCUCAUCAAUGCUUCCAAGUUCUCUUGGAAAUGCUCUUGAAUCAGGUUUUCAGACCAAAAAUAAAUAAAAACAAAGCCAACCAGUGCUAUGUGGUUCAUCAUAUCAGAUUGUUUGACAUUUUGCGAGGUACUUAGCAUGGAUAGAAAGGAAUUUUCUCAAAGGUACGACAGCCCUUCACUGGGGUAAGUUGCAAUCUUUGGCACCGGUCAUAGAUUUACACAUUAAAAAAAUGGCCUUUUUUUAACUUUCCAGCUUAUCCUACCAAAGAUUUACUUCCAGCACAACAGGCACAAUGUCGCUUUUGCCAAACAGAGGAUUAAAAUCCUCCUCUCCCUCCUCCUAAGGGUAACCAGAUCGGGGUCAGCGGGUCGGGACGGAUGAGUAGAGCAAAUUAUUUAACCCACAGCAUCAUUCGCGUGGCGUUUAUCGUUUCUUUUAAAAGCCUAGCGGCUGUGUCUUCCUUAGCAUUGAACUUCCUUGUUUUGCCAGCAUUCCCCUGAGCGCAGAUUUGUCCGUUUACACAGGUACCAUCUCAAGUGGGGAAAAUUUUGCACUUUCACACUUGGCAAAGCAAAGCUCAGCCCGCGCCGGGCUGCUCGCGGCCAACGAGCCAUCAGCAAAAGCAAUAAUUAAAACCUGGAUCAGCCAUGAGCUCAAAGAAGCCCCAUUCUCUGAACCCCUGAGUUUCUUGUUGUUUUUAAAUAGAAUGCAUUUCAUUUUAACAUUUUCUGAGAACUUUUUUAGAUGUUUGUUUACUUCCAUGUUUACAGAUAAUUCUUUGCCUUUUAUUUUUUUUCCUAAAUGCAGUACUUUUUAAGUAUAUCAGCCAAAACCAUACUUUUACAGUAACUUUUGUUUUAGGUAAUAUGAGCGACAUUCCGAUUUUUUUUUUUGUUGUUAAAUAUGCUUUACCAGUCUUGAAUUUCCGCUGGAACAAAAUAUUUGUAGCAUUUUGUGUAAAUACAAGCUUUAAUUUUUUAUUUUUUCAAAUGCUGUCACCCAAGAUUUGCUUUUCAUGCACAUAUUGUACAAACACACUCUGCUUUAUGCCACAGAUGAUGAUUGUGGAUCAGUUUACUUCAACUUCAAAGGGACUAUUUGUAUUGUAUGUUGCAACUGUAAAUUGAAUUGUUUGGCAUUUUCUCAUGAUUGUAAUAUUAAUUUGAAGUUUGAAUUUCAUUUUCAAUAAAAUGGCUUUUUUUUUGUUAA